AUGUCGACUGUCGUAAUUACCGAUCUCGAUAGUCGUACAAAUAGUGAUACUGUUGAAAAUUUUUGUCAAACUUAUGGUCGAAUACUUAAUUGUUAUAUAAAAUCCAAUCAAUGUAUAGUAACAUUUGCAGAUAAACAUAAUGCUGAAGAAUUUAUACGUGCUUCACCACAUCGUAUUGAUUCAUAUGGUUUUGUUAAUGCAACAUGGAAAACAACAAUCAAUCGAAAUUCAUCACAUAAUCAACGUUUAACAACAAAUUCAAAUAGUAAUAAUUGUCGUUUAACAAUACGUGGUACAUGUGAACAAUUAGAAGAAAAAAAUCUUAUACGAUAUUUUUCACAUUAUGGUCAUGUACGAAUGUGUUUAUCAAAUCCAUUACAAGGUUUUGCUACAAUAACAUUCGAUGAUCAUAUAAGUUAUGAACGUGCAUUAAAAGAAUCAAGACAUUUUCUUAAUGGACGUUCAUUAAUUGUUGAACCUUAUACAUCAAUUGAUGAAUUCGAAUCAAAUAAACAACAUGAAAAAGAUCGAUUAAUAAAUGAACGAAUACAUAUUGAAAAUCAAUUUCAAGAACGUAUUAAAUUAUAUGAUUAUGAAAAACUUCAAUGGAAUGAAUAUAUAGCAAGACAACAAAAUCAAUUUAAUCAACAAAUUGGACAUUAUCAAUAUUUACUUAAACAAAGUUUAGAUGAAAUAACAACUAAAGAUAAACAAACAGAACAAUUAAAAAAAGAAAAUAAAGAUAUUGAUGAUCUUCUUCGUCAAAGUGUACAUGAUAAUGAACAACAACAAAUACAUUUAAAAAAACGUGAAGAAAUACAUAAUCAAACAAAAAGAAAAUAUGAAGAACUUUAUAAAGCUUAUAUUAAAUUAAAAGAUAAUUGUGCUACUCAACGAAAUGUAGAAAAAGAUUCGAUUAGUAUAACAAAAUCAACAGCUAGUACAAAUUCAAUUGUUAAUAAACCUAAAUCAACUAUAGAUAAUGUCAAAAAAAAACUUUAA